AGCUCCAAAUGCAGGCCUAGCCUAGGCGCAACUCCAUCCACUCCCAUGUCUGAACUUUCCAAAAACAGGAAGAGACGGAGCGACGAAAUCUGGAAUUCAAGCUAGCUUCUUUCUUCUCUACCGGCAGUCAGCAGCUCGAUCAGUCUCUGUCCUGACCUCCAGUCCGCCUUUCUCUCCAAAACCAUGGUCUGGCCGGUCUCCCGCCUGCUCAAAACCGAUGGACGACACGAAACAAUGCAACAAAAACUCCAUCUGAAAGCUCCCUGCUUGGUGCUUGACCUCCUGCUUGACUAUGAAGAACGUCCGAGUCCAUAGCUGUACCCAUGAUCAGUAAGGCGGAAAAAGACCGGAUCUGGAAUUCAAGCUAGCAGCUUUUAGUCACCGACCCAGAGCAAGAAAUUUUAAGUAGCUUCUCUUCCUCCUCGACCUCCAGCGUCUUCGACCGAGAAAGAGGUAGUGAGGUGUGGGUGAUGGCAACCGUAAUUGCAUUGUCUCACUGUUGUUUCUCAUGCCUGCUUGGGCACGGCAGAGUCAAAAGUCAACUUGGGUCAGUUGAGCCCGAGGAACCAUGCUGUGGGAACUAUGCUGUGACUCGCUAUGGGUUGAGAUCUGUGAAUAAGGUUGAGAAGUUGCUAUUCAAAAGCAACAAAAAGGCGACAAUCAGCAAACGUGGACGGAAGAUCGAGGCUACAAUGCCGUUGCUGUCUUCUGUGAGUAAAGAAGAACCCAGAGUAGGGUGGUUUCUCCAAUUUCGCAAGGUGGCUGCUUUCAGCUCUAAGACAGACUGACCGGCGCCCGGGUGGAAAUCACCACUACCGCCAGCAGCAACAUGAAUAUUGUGAUUACUGAUUAGUGGAUGGCCGGAAAACUCCAGUCUGAGGAUGACGUAAGAUUGUGGGUACAUAUGUAUAUAUAUGUACACACACACAUAUAUAUAGUGUGUGCUUUUUUAUAUUUGAUUAAACAAUCAGAGUCAGAAAAGCCCUUUCCUCGUUAAAAGUUGGGAUAUCAUGAUGACUUCCAAACCGAGUCAAACUGUGUGUGUUCUUAUAUAAGUGAAGCUUACUAUGUAAUGCAAAAAUUGGAUACUAACCUCAUGUGGAGCUAAGGCAUUAAGGAUUAUUGGACUUUCUGCGUUUCUUGCUUUCUCCCUUCUCUGUUUCUCCUUUCUCUGGCUCUGCUCUUGAGCUCUUCCCUCCCAGGUCCUGCCGUGCUUCCAGUUUUUUCCUGCGUUUGCGUUCCUUUGCUGCAGCGCUCACUUAACGACCGUUUCUUAAAAGAAGGAAUAUACGCAACAUUUGGCCGUAGAAUAUACGCAACAACCCAAUAUAUUUCAGUAUAUAUGGACAUAUGGUCAUCUUCAUUCUUCGCCCAUCAAGGAAGUUCUGGGAUCAGCCUUAGUCAUCAUCUUCAUUCUUCACCAUCAAGAAAGUUCUUGAAUUAGCCAGAAUGGCAGAGCUCUCUAAAAGUUGGUCUGAUGAGGUGGAUCAAUCUGAGUCUAGCUCUGAAGUUGCAAUUGCUUCUUUGGUGUUGAGUGAAUCCCGUAAUGUCAACCAAUCCCUCUCUAACCUUGAUGACGACGGUAUCCAAACUCUUACAUCCGGGGACACUCUGUAUAAGUCUGCUAAAACAUUCGAAGACUUGAACUUGUCACCGGAGUUGUUGAGAGGAUUAUACGUGGAGAUGAAUUUCGAGAGGCCAAGUAAAAUUCAAGGCAUGUCUUUGCCUAUGAUUGUAACUCCACCAUACAAGAAUCUGAUCGCCCAGGCUCACAAUGGAUCCGGAAAAACAACAUGCUUUGUGCUGGGAAUGUUGAGCCGAGUUGAUCCUAGACUCGGUGCCCCUCAGGCUCUCUGCAUAUGCCCCACUAGAGAACUUGCCAUUCAGAAUAUGGAAGUUUUGUUAAAGAUGGGAAAAUAUACUGGUAUAACAUCAGAACUUGCCAUACCACCAAGCCAGGACAACUAUGUUCCAAUUAAUAAGCGACCCCCUAUUACAGCGCAAGUCAUAAUUGGUACCCCUGGGACAAUAAAAAAGUGGGUUGUUGCUAAGAAACUGGGCACAAGUUGCAUGAAAAUUCUGGUAUUUGAUGAGGCGGACCACAUGUUAGCAGAGGGUGGCUUUAAGGACAACUCUAUAAAAAUAAUGAAGGCCAUUGUCAAUGGCAAAGCCGAUUGCCAGGUGCUCUUGUUUUCUGCAACUUUCAAUGAAUCUGUCAAGAAGUUUGUUAAGAAAAUUGUCGAAGACCUGUUUGUAAAAGAUUACAACCAGCUUUUUGUGAAGAAGGAAGAACUUUCAUUGGAGUCUGUCAAGCAGUAUAAGGUGCAAUGUCCCGAUGAGCUUUCAAAGAUCAUGGUGGUUCAGCAUAAAAUACUUGACCUGGGUAAGAAGGUGGGACAGACAAUCAUAUUUGUGCGAUCAAGGAAUAGUGCUAAAAUGUUGCACGAAUCACUAGUGGAACUAGGCUAUGAGGUAACAACAAUUCAAGGCGCUCUGAACCACGAAGAGCGGGACACUAUUAUUAAGGAGUUCAAGGAGGGGCUAACACAUGUUCUUAUAUCAACGGAUCUUCUUGCUCGAGGAUUUGACCAAUCCCUGGUGAAUUUGGUCGUGAAUUAUGAUCUUCCAGUGCAAUAUGAGCAUCCAUCCGAGCCAGACUAUGAUGUGUACUUGCAUAGGAUAGGUAGAGCCGGUCGUUUUGGGCGAAAAGGUGCUGUUUUUAACUUGCUUUGUAAUGAUAAAGACAAAAUAUUGAUGUCCAAGAUUGAGAGCCACUUCAACAGUCCUGUGGCUGAGGUCAACUCUUGGGAAAGUGACGAAGACUUCGAGGCUGCUUUGAAGACAGCUGGUCUGCUCUAAGUGUGGAAUGUUGGGGUGCCUUGAUUGCACUUUUGUUGUUACGGCUUGCGCUGCAAACACAAGUUUUUUGGUGGAUGUUUUAUAAUCUGUAGGAUCAUCUACUUUACUGAACAUAUAGAUAGAUUUACUUCAUCCAAUCUCUCUGUUUUUUCUUAUAUUGCUUGAAUGGCGGAGUCAUAUUGUUUGUUAGAUGACUUAUUUUUCAAUUUUCAAUUGAGCUGAAGUAUAUGAUUCCCUUCUCUGUACAAUUGAUAUGUAGGACUAUUAAUUUGUUUAUUUUCUAUUAUGAUUGAGCAUGGGUCAAAUUUUCUGUUUA